AUGCCAUCAGACGAGCUUGGAGGCUCACCUUUGACUGAGGCAAAACUUCGCAAAGCCCUUUUCGAACUGGCAGAGGAUGUUAGUGAUCCGGAUGAGCACCCAUUUGGUUUAGACACAGAGCCUGUCAGCUCGUUGUACGAGAGCAUUGGGGAAUAUCGCAAGGGCGGCCAUCACCCUAUAGAUAUCGGAGAUAUUCUAAACGAUCGGUACCAAGUCUUCAAUAAGCUAGGCGAUGGGGGCUAUGGCAUUGUAUGGCUAUGCUUCGAUCAGAAAACGGAUCUAUGGCGCGCAGUCAAGAUACUCAGAGCCGACCAGUCCAAUCCAGAAAGCCAGGAACUAAAAUUUUGGAAUGAAUUCGCCGCGGAGGAUCAGCCUGCUUUUGCACCACCCAUUGAGUACUUUUGGGUCGAUGGACCCAAUGGUCGUCAUCUCUGCUUUGUCUUCGUUUUAUCGGGACCGCAUCUUCAGCAGGUUCAGGGAACAGCUGACUUGGAAUCAAUGAAGAAAGCAUUUCGUCGUGCGACAGAGGCACUCAGUUAUCUUCAUAACAAAGGAUUCUGCCAUAGCGAUUUCACUAUUUCAAAUAUCCUCCAUAAGAUCCAUGGCCUCGACACCAUGAGCAAGGGCGACAUGAUGGAAACCAUUGGUCCGCCCAAAAGGGACGCUUUUGAAGUGGUUAGUGGCUGCAAACCAACUCGAAGGCAACCGAAGCAUCUGAUCUGGCGACUGGACUGUAGAGCAUUCCGUCCGUUCAUCGUUCCUGGUGAAGUAGUCGUGGUGGACUUCGGAGGCGCUUUCAGGGUGUCAGAUCCGCCAGAGACAUUCAUCGGGAUCCCGAUCAAUAAUAUGGCGCCAGAGUUGUUCUUUGGUAUGGCGCCUAGUCCAGCUAGCGACAUGUGGGCCCUUGCUUGCAACAUUAUGGCUUUAUAUGGAGCACCUUACUUUGGGAAAGAAGAAAAUGACGUAUUAGAUCAGAAUUUUCGAUGCAAUACGAGCGGCAGUGUGCUAGACGAUAUGGAGCGCUGCCUGGGCGCUCUGCCUUCAAAGUUCAGAGACGCAUAUGAUGAGAGCCAUCAAGGGUUCCAACCAGCAGCACGGGAUCCCGGUGGCAGGCUGAUGUGGUGUCUUGGCAACAGAGACCCAAAGGCUUUGAGAAGAUGGCGAAGGGCAGAAGCCAGGAGAACAGGUUGCGAUGAUCCGUUCGAGGGCCGGUUACUGGAAAGCCUCGGACGCUUCAACAUCUCUGGCUCUGAGUUUCACAAUCUACUGGAUCUGCUUAGGAACAUGCUGAAAAUGGACCCGGAUGAUAGUGGCUUCAAGUGCAUUCUUGAGCGAGACAUCGUCAUCCCGAGCGUUGGCUGCAUCUCCCAAGUCAACAAUUAA